AUGUCCUCAGACAAUCACCAGUCAUCAAGUCGUAGUCAUGGAAUUGAUUUAGAAGCAAUUAGAGAUAUAUUAGACCAGGAUGGUGUUGAUAAUUUGAAGGAGGUGAAGAAAGCAGAUGUUGAUUGGAUACUAAGAGAUUCAAAUAUAGAUCGACCUUUACCCACGAAGGAGUCAGGUAAUACGAGCACAAGUACAGAUAAUGGAGCAAGAAAUAACACUGCCGAUGACGGUUCGUCUAAUGUGCCAGUCUCGCCUGUAUCUCCUCAUUUACUGGCAAACAUAUCCAAUACGAAUGAAAACAAUUCAAAUAAGACCAGACCUUCGAUGGCCCCCAUUCAAGAAGAAAGUGCGUCAAAAUCUAGUACGAUACCAGUAUCGCAGAAUUCGGGUAGCUCGAAUAAGAGACGAGAAAGUGUCCCCAAUAUCAAUUCUCUGGGUGGCUUUUUUUCGAAAUUGAAAGGGAAGUUUGGUCACAAAACUCAAGAUGAACCUGUCCUGUCAUGCUCCCUGAUCUUUAAAGAUAAUUAUAGUAUAGGUUCGAGAAAAUCGGUAUCAAGCGGUGCAGACCUUGAUGAUUAUUCUACGAUAUCGUCCAAAUAUAAUAAUAAUAAUGAUAGUCAAUCUGAUGGCUUAAAAUUAAGCAGGUCUAUGUCUACUCCUAAUUACUCAAAUCCAGCUUCCGAUCCAAGAUUAGAGGAAUAUAUUAAAUUUUACCAAAGAAAGGACCUGCGUAGAAGUUCUGCUACGUCAUCCAGUAGGGCUUCUGAAUUUACAGCUCCAGGCGAUAGAGAUAAGAAACUAUCUAUACCGGAACAUCCAAAAUAUUCUCCAUUGCCUAGUGCCCUAGUGAAUGGAAAUCAAAAUCAAGGCGAUCUUAAUCUGUAUGAAGGCAAUUCCUCUACGGGUAACAAGUUUUCGUCUUUUUUAAGAAGACGCAGUAGCACAAAUCCACCAUUGCCUUCAGUAUCAAUAGCUACAGAAAAGAAUCGUAGAAAUUCUGAAUCAUUAGGUUCUUCCCUGUCUAUUCCAGUAUCAACCCCUUCACCCUCGCGUUCUACUGAUGUUUUACCUGAAUUUUCUGAUUUGAAACCUCUUAAAAGAGUUGCAUUCCAUUCGCUGACAUUUUUAAUUGAUCCGCCACAACAAAUACCUUCCAGGAAUCCGAGACGAGGUAACGUAGAAGUCUUACCAAAUGGUGCUCUAAAAAUCAAUCCCUUGACUGAGGAAGAUAAAUUGGCUAUUGAAAAAUCUCAAGUUGGACAAGGUGGUGGGAUUGUAGUGGGUGGUUCGGGUUCAUUAGAUACGGGAAAAUCUUCCGAUGCAAAAAAGGCUAAAGAUGAAGCCGACGAAUACAAAGAAGCUUCUGGUAAUAAUUUGGGCAAAGAUGAUGACGAAACAAAAGUUGAUAAGCAUGCAAAACUGUUAGGAAUAGAUAAGCCCAUGUUAAGCCACCAUAACCGCCAUAACUUUCACAAUUAUGACAUCCCUGUCAAAAAAAUGGCGCUUGAUGUGAUGUAUACUAGAUGUUGUCAUCUUCGGGAGAUUUUGCCAAUCCCAGCAAUUUUGAAACAAAUUCCAAAAGGAUCUUUAGCUCCUUUGCCUGUAUUGCAAUUACGAAAUCCAACUCCGACAAUGGUAGAAGUUCAAACAUUUGCAGACUUUUUAAGGAUUGCUCCUAUAUUAUGUGUGUCUUUGGAUGGAGUGAGCUUAUCAUAUGAGCAGUUUAAGAUUUUGCUAUCUGCAAUGAGCGCCAAAACGCAAUUGGAAAAGGUAAGUUUGCGUAACACUCCUAUUGAUUCCGCCGGUUGGUCUUUGUUAUGUUGGUUUCUUUCUAGAAACACGGUGUUAAACAAGUUGGAUAUCACACAGUGUCCAUCUCUCUCGGUUAACACAUCGAAAAAGAAAAAGAAAAGUCUGAGUUCAAACGAUAAAAAAGAUGAAACAAUCAGAAUGGCAUGUAAUAAGGAAAAUAGAUCGGAUAUGGAUUGGGCCCUUUUUACUGCAACAAUUGUUGCAAGAGGUGGUAUUGAAGAGUUAAUAUUGACAGGGUGCUGUAUUUCUGACUUAGAUAUUUUUGAGAAAUUCGUAAAAAUGGCUGUUCUGAUAAAAACAAAUAGAUUAGGAUUAGCUUAUAACAAUUUAUCCGUUAAGCAGUUGAAGAUCGUUGUUGAUAAUUGGUUAUUUAAGCCCUUUGUAAGAGGAUUAGAUAUAGGUUAUAAUGAUCUUCUGUCAUUGCAGUAUUUGAACGUUUUCUUACAAAAAAGAAAUGAUAAAAAGUUUGAGAACCAUUUGCGUCAAUGUUCUCUAGCAUUCCUUAGUCUAAAUGCAACAAAUUUGAGGUUUUCAGAUGCUUUCAAAGAAGUAUUUGAAACAGUGGUAAUGAAAUUCCCAUGUUUGAAGUAUUUAGAUUUAUCCAAUAACCCAAAGCUUUUUGGAUCAUUUAGUUCCUCACCUACGAAAGAAAUAUCAAAUAUUGAUGUACCUAACAGAUCAUUAGAAAGCAGUGCAACUAGUACUUCUUCCUCAGAAGUAUCCAAAGCUACAACAACACAGAGCUCUAUCACGUCCUAUUUUACUUCUAAGUUUCCUCUUUUUCCUAAAUUAAUUAGGCUUCAUGUGGAGAACAAUGAUUUAAGCACGCAGGCAUUAGUGGCAAUAUCAGAGGUUUUGCCUUUUUGUAAAAACUUGGCAUAUUUUUCUAUCAUUGGUAAUAAAGUUGACUUAACUGCAGCAUCGGCAUUAACGCAAGGAUUGAAAAAUUCUAAGACUUUGAUUACAUUAGAUUGUGAUUAUGACAAUAUACCCGAUUUUAUUAAGGAAAAGAUCGGUUUAUAUAGUAUGAGAAAUAUGGAGAGAGUACUAUAUGCAUCAAAGAAACAGGAUACGCCUGCUAUUCACGAAGAUCCUAACUUAACCUCUUUAACGGGACAAUUGAAUAACAUAUUGUCUAUGAAAGCGGAGCAGAAGUUAGACUUGAAAUCACCUGAAGUCCAAAAAUUUAUUCGUAAAGCGACAAGUAUCCGUCAAGAAUUGAAAGACGCUAUGAAUGAAUUGCUUAAGUUGCAAGUUAAAAAUGAACUUAAUUUAGAUGGUAAAGAGACGUUUUUGAGAUUCUUAUAUAUUGAUUCGUCUAUUGAAAAAGGAUUACAAUUAAUCGACAAUUCAUUAGUAGAUUCACAAUCCAAAGAAGUCAAUUCUUCUUACAUGAUUAGAAAUGUAUCAGAGGAUGAGAAAAAUACUUAUUUGCUAAAGGAAGAUAAUGAUUCGUAUAAUAACAGCCUUGAUUUACACAAGUCUCAGAAAAUCCCAAUUAGUAAAUCACCAUUAUCCCUUUCGAGAUCUUCGUCUAAAUCCAACUUAACGCAUUUGGAUAGACAAGAAGGCUCGGUAUUGAAGUUACUGAGACUCCAUGAUUUCCAUCACCCGGAAGACCCUUCGGAGUCAUCUGACAUUUUCCAUAGUUUUGAUAACUUAUCGGGUGAUGAAAUUCGAAAGAGAAUAUUGAGUGUUGAUCUAGGUGAUUUAGAUAAAAUCAUUCAAUAUUUAGCUCGUUUGAAAGAAAGGGGAAUUUCAUUGGGAAAUGUAUUUAACCUGAAUGAUUCUUCUGAACGAAUUGACAAUGGGGAUGAGGCGCACUUAGUUGAAGAGAUUAUGGGCAAAUUGAAGAAACUAAAUGCAUGCAAGGACUCCCAUGAAGAGUCUUCCACUUCUAAUUCAAAUGAAGAAACCCCUACGGAACAUAAUCCUCCUGGAAAUAGUAAUCCUAGUUCUGAUAAUAUAUCAAAUAAGAAGAAUGAUGGAGUUGAGAUUAGCCAGGCCUAUGAUCAAGUCUUGACAAAUCUUGCAAAGUUGAAUUGA